ACAUUUCUUUCACAACGGCAGCAUUAUAUUAACGCAGUAUGCAUCAUUAACACAAAAUUUUGCACAUAAAAAAUAUCAAACAGCUACCGAGGAGGAUAUUCAAUUCCUUCUCUCGGCUCAAGCCCAUAUUGGGGCAAAAAAUCUUAAUGUCCAAAUGACACCGUACGUGUGGAAAAGACGUGCUGACGGUGUUCACAUCAUCAAUGUUGGCAAAACAUGGGAAAAAAUAGUAUUUGCUGCCCGCAUAAUCGCAGCAAUUGAAAACCCAGCUGACGUAGUAGUAAUUUCAGCACGUCCAUACGGCCAACGGGCUGCACUAAAAUACGCAUCAUACACACAUGCCCAAGCAAUAUCUGGUCGUUUCACCCCGGGUACAUUCACAAACUACAACACCCGUUCGUUUAAAGAACCGCGCUUGAUUAUCGUCACGGACCCGCGUACCGAUCACCAAGCAAUCAAAGAAGCCUCGUAUGUAAACAUUCCGGUUAUCGCGCUAGCAGACACCGACUCGCCACUUCGAUUUGUUGACGUGGCAAUUCCAACGAACAAUAAAGCGAAACACUCGAUCGGGUUAGUUUAUUGGUUUUUGGCACGGGAGGUUCUUCGUCUUCGUGGGACGAUUCCUAGGGAUCAGCCUUGGGAUGUGAUGGUUGAUAUGUUCUUUUAUCGUGAUCCCGAAGAGGCGGAAAAAGAGGCAGAUCUUUCGGGUGCUGGUCUGGAGAAGGGUGCUGGCGAAGGAACUGGUGGCUAUGGUGAAGGUGGACAGAGUUGGGAAACUCAGGAUGCUGGAGCUGCAGGAGGAUGGGAAGCUUCCGGUACGGCCGCGGUUGGUGGAAUUAAUCCUGCACUUGCUGCCGCAAUUCCUUCAACUACUACUGCUUCUCAAUGGGCGGCCGAUGAUGAUACUGGUGCUGGUGGUGGAUGGGCAGAUACGCCCGCUGUGUCUUCGACUGCUGUGCCGCCGUUUGUUGAACCUACUACCGAAUUUACAGAUACAUUUGAAACAGGUGCGGGUGGGGCUAGUAAUUGGGCUGACGAGACAACUGAAAAUGCUGAGAAUAGUGGAUGGGAUUAG